GAGCUGAGUCGAAUUUCACAAGUCACACCAUGGAGGAACCCCUGGGCAACCCCUACAUCAUGGAGUAUACUACAUGUGACAUGCUAGUGGCAUCUGCCCAUCCUACAAGAAGCUCUUGAAAGUCAAAUCACGUCCCGUCCAGAGAUUUCUUUCUAUUCUAUUUAUUAAAUCCCGUCCAGAGAUUUCUCUUUUGUGUGAAAUCCAGUUCAAAGAUUGUACCCUGAAACGGAAUUUUUAUUUCAAGAUAAACUGGCACUGUAUGCAGGAAAGAAAUAGUUUUCGGCAAAUUUUUAUGCCCUCCAGGCACCCAUUGACCGUCGCCAUCCAUCCCAAAACCCCAGGCUGCCCCCGUGCUCUCGACUCUCGCCGUCCAAUGCUUACGGCCCAACCGUGCGAUCAGCAACGGUAAUUUCCGGGCUGCAAGCGUGGCUGUGCAGGGGAUCCGUUGCCAUCAGCCCAUCAACGCCUCCUGCCUGCUGCCGGGGGCAAGGGCUGAGAUGGGAUGCGCCCCCACCCCCGCGUGCCCCGCCUGGAGGCGGAGCCUCGUCACGGCCCCCAGACUGUCCCCGACGAGCCAGGACAAAAAGAAACAGGCGGAAGUGGCGCUAAAAUAAGGCGAAGCCGCAGGCGCGAGCGGAGCACAAGAGCGCACCACGCCACCCCGCCCUGCGCCCCUGCCUGCCUGCCAGCCGCCUCCCUGCUCGCUGCUCUCCGCAUCCGCUUGUGCGCCCGUGCCGCUGGCCGCCGCACACCGGCUCCAUUCCCGAUCUCCCUGCCCCCCAUCCUGCUCGUCUCCACGCCCGCGGAAGCAGAUCAGGGUGAAGACUGCUUCGGCAGGAGCUAAGCUGCCCAGGAGGAGCUAGCUCGCCGAGCCAAGAGCAAGCAGCGGCAGUGAUGUGGAGUGUCCUCGCUGCGUAGCCAAGAUCCGUUCGGCUGCAGCGCGGAGCUUGGCGGGAUUCGAGCACGGUUGAGGGCGGCGAGCGGGUUCAAGAAUGGAGGAGAAAGCGGCUGACGCGACGGCGGCGGCGGCGGCGGCGGCGGCAGUGGCGGCUGCGGCGGAUCAGGACGGCGCGGUGUACUGCAGCGAACACCCCUACCCUCCCGGCGCAACGGCGGCUGCAGGGGCGGGCGCCGGCGGCAUCUGCGCCUUCUGCCUGCAGGAGAAGCUCGGCAUGCUGGUCUCCUCGUCCAAGUCCAGCCCCUUCCACCCGCCGCCGCCGCCGGCGUCCGCGUCGUCGUCCUCGACGCCGCCGUCGUCCAACCGCGCCUCCUCGGAGGCGCCGGUGCCGCUCUACCCUUCGGCGGCGGCGUCGCGCAAGGUGAUGCCCGCGCAGGGAGGGGGCGGCGGCGGGCUCAAGCGGAGCAAGUCGGUCGCGCCGCGGCCGGAGGAGCCGCUGCCGCCGGCGCCCGCUCCCUCCGCGAUCACCGCGGACAGCCCGCGCAAGAAGAGCUUCUGGUCCUUCCUCCACCUGUCCUCGUCGUCCGGCAGCCACAAGAACGCAUCCUCGGCGGCCUCGGCCAACGGCGGCGGCGGCGGGGCCGCGGUGGCGAGGAGGAACUCCGUGUCCGUGGCGUCGGCAUCGUCGGCGGCGCUCGGGGGCCGGCUGGAGGCGAUCGUGGAGCCCGAGAGCCCGGGCCGCCGGAGCGAGGGGUCCUCGUCCUCGUCGUUCGGGCGGAAGGUGGCGCGGUCGCGCUCCGUGGGGUGCGGCAGCCGCAGCUUCUCGGGGGACUUCCUGGAGCGCCUCUCCACCGGCUUCGGCGACUGCGCGCUCCGGCGCGUGGAGUCCCACCGCGAGCCGAAGCCCAAGGCCGCGGGUGCGCUGGGCCACCUGGGCGGCGCGCACGGCGACGACGGGGACCACGACCACGACCAGCACCACCGCAUCAAGUGCGCGGGCUUCUUCGGCGGCGGCCUCGGCGCCGCGCCGCCUCCUUCGUCCUCCUACUGGCUCUCCGCGCCCGACGGCGCGAGCGGCGGCGGCGCCGGAGGAGGGAGCACGAGGGGCACCGGCACGCGGAGCCACCGGAGCUGGGGGUGGGCGCUGGCGAGCCCCAUGAGGGCGCUGAGGCCGACCAGCUCCUCGUCCAGCAAGAGCAUCAUGGCCGCGCCGACAGCCGCGUAGACGACGUGCGUGCGCCGACCGGCGGCCGGUGAAUCACAUCCAUCCAUCCCUGAACCAUACUACUGCUACAUAAAUUUCUCCAUCUUUCUCAGUGUUCUCGUGUCCAUGCCUUAAGAUCGAUUUCAAGAAGAACCUGGUCCUAGGUCGAGAUGUUACUGUGGGAUCUCUAGCUAUAGCUGCCUUUGCAUUUGGGACUGCCUCCAGUUGGCCAAGAAAAACUGUGGAAUUUGUCAUCUGUUUAAUCCCUAUUUGUGUCUGCAAUUCGUUGAUCUGUUCUGUACUUUUCUUACUUAUGAUCAUAGCUUCUUAA